AUGGAUGUAACUGGGAGCUACAUCGGGCAAGCUCCACUGAUACCUGUCCAUACUUACGACUGGGUAGUUCCCAUCACACUGUGGAAUAUUCCUGUUGGCGUAGGGAUUGAACUCGCUCUCAAGGCAGAGUUCCUGGAGGCCGUGUGCCUCUUACUGAGUUUGCGGCCACAAGCCUCUGCAAUGGGCUGGGUUGCCGCUGCGCCCACGUGGCCGGGAGCGGCUCCCAUCCCGGGGCGGCGGAGGCGGGAGAGGGGCGGUCCCGGAGCAGCUCCUAUCCCGGGGAGCGGGGCGGUCCCGGUCCCGGAGCGGCUCCCAUCCCGGGGAGCGGGGCGGUCGCGGUCGCGGUCCCGGGGCCUCGCCCGCCUCUUCCGCGCCGCCGCCCCGCCGGUGCUGGUGGCUGUGCCGGGGGGAAAUAAGAAAAGGAAGCGUGCAGAAGAAGGGGAGAAAGUGUCAGAAGACAAGAGCUUAUCCGUCGUACAAGAACCUCCGGUAAAAGCAAAGAAGGCCAGAAAAAAGGAACGCUCAGAAGCAGAGAGAAAACUGUCAGAGAGAGAGAAUGCUUUGGAGCAGGCGGAUGAAGAGGAGGACCAGAAAUUGUUUCAAAACAAAGCGAAGCAAAAGAAAAAGGCUUCUCAAGCCAUCACCAAAAGUGUUGUUAAUUCAGCUACUGCAAAACAGCAGAAGAGAAAAUGGGUGGCUGAUGAAGGAGCAGACAGAAGAACGGUGUUUGUUGGAAACUUGCCUGUCAGCUGUACUGCUAAGGUACUGAAAUCUCUUUUUAUGAAGUAUGGACAAAUCCAAUCCGUUCGCUUCCGGUCUCUGAUUCCAGCAGAUGAUACUGUAUCCAAAAAGGUAGCAGCAAUCAAGCAUAAGAUGCACCCAAAUGCAAAAUUCAUCAAUGCUUAUGUGGUCUUUAAGGAAGAAGGUGAUGCCCAGAAGGCUCUGGAGGAGAAUGGAACAGAAAUUGCUAGUGGAUUUCACAUCAGAGUUGACACUGCAUCUAAAACCACUUCGCAUGAUAAUAAACGGUCUGUAUUCUUGGGAAAUCUUUCAUAUGACAUCCGCGAUGACGCCGUGCGGGAGCACUUCCACGUCUGCGGGGACGUGGUGGGCGUGCGAGUGGUGAGAGACAGGAGGACAGGCUUGGGGAAAGGCUUCGGAUACGUCCUCUUUGCGAACACAGAUGCUGUACAUCUUGCUCUGAAACUCAACAACUCUGUUCUGAUGGGAAGAAAGAUACGAGUGCAGCGCGUAGUGGACCAGAAGAAAGCACAGAAAAGUCCAGACCAGUCUCGUGCUCCCAAGGACAGAGAUGAUAAGAAGAAGAAAAGGGAAAAGAGCUGCUCAAAUGACUCUUUUAUUGGUGAAAAAGCAAACCCAUUAAAGAAGAACAUUAAACCAAAAAGACUAAAAACUACUCCUAGGAGUAAAGCUGGAAAAAACAAACAGUUCUUUGGUAAAAAUCAAGCCAGUAAAAAUGAUAAGUAGUGUAACGAACAUGGAUAUAUAUGAGCGGUUUUUAUAUGUGAGAGUGUCAUAAAUUUUGUUUGCUAAUACAGCUGUUGUCCUUCUUGUUGUUUGCUCUGAGGCAUUUGGCUUCUCCCAGAAGGCAGUGGGAGGUGCUGCAUGAUUUUAUUCCUGUGUUACAGGAAUCUCCAGCUGAGGUCUUGCUGCAGAGGCUAACUGUGAAU